CUUUGUCGGUAAGCCCAUUCUAGCUUGCGGUGCAACAGUGCAAGAACCAAGAGUUGAAUUACUUAAGUACCUAUAGCUGAUGAUUCUUCGACGGUGAGUGACUAAGAUGGUGAAUCAGACCCGCAAGUAAAUGUAAACUCUCGUAUAACGUCGUACGUAAGUACGUAUAUUUUUUUUGUGUAUGUACACAUACUACAUACAUUUGUAAUUAAGUACAGCUAGCAGUAGCAACUGUAGCAAGAGAGUACUACAGUAGUAGUUUACCUACUAUCAUCUACCUGCAAGUGCGUGUUUUGCACAUUUCUUGUAAGCGCAAGAGAGAAUUAUCCCAUUCUAUUUGUGUAAACCAUGAAAAAACUGUGCUCCUACGCGAUUGCGAUACCCUCAGAGGACACCAUACCUAUAUACGUUGGUCCAAGUUCUUCCAUUAGUAUUAUGUAGGUACCUGCAAGCAAUGUUUUGAGAGUUUGUCAAAAAGGAAAGCGCACUCGAGCGUAAAAAGAGAACAGGCGACGUUUAUCCGUGUAUAAAAGCAUACACCUACUCGUAUUUGUGUGGUGUUUUUUCUUCUUUUUCCUGGUGCGACGACCAAGACUCCGUUUAAGAGCAUAUAUGCCACGAAAGGAUAACAGCAGGUGGUCAGUAGCAGUAUGAGUUGGCUCCGGAGCAGCCCGCUCAGGAGCAGUUUCAGCAAGCAGCGCUCGAGAGAUUCGCCGCCCAAGGAUGCUGAUCCCGUCGCCUGUUACGACAGCUUUCGUAAGCACUGGCAGCAGAGCUACGACAUCAUCUGUCAGUCACUCCCCCCCAAAAGUAUACCUAGUCACGAUGAUGUCCUGGGAGUAGUUAAUCACGUCGACCAUAUGAUGACUCUGUUGCUACUGGAGCUGAGGGAUUACUCUCUUCAACAGAGACAUCAGAAUUUGAGAUUGCAGCAAAGGGACAUUGUAUCGGCAGCUCAAAUCAACACCCACUGCUCUCCUUGCUUAGAACACUUGUUAAGUGAAAAUCUAUUGGAGAAGUUGCACGAAUGGAGCACCCACACUGGCAGGUUUGGAGAUGCCGUCCGAUUAGAACAGUUGAAACUUUAUGAAUUGUUGAUAUCACACGAUAGCUCUCUCUUGGCUCAUGAGCCCGUGACAAGGCCAUUGUUACGUUUGUUGGAUGAGUGCGCUGGAGAUAUUAUGCCAAUAGAAGUACAAAAGAAAUUAGUUGUAUUGUUGAAUCAUAUGUGUGUUUCCCUAGUUCAAAAUACCGAAUUGUUAAGAUUGUUUUUUAGACCUACGGCAACAGGAAAAAAUAGAUUUAUUAUAUUUACGUUAUUAGUACCCUAUAUACACAGAGAAGGUGGCGUUGGCCAACAAGCUAGAGAUGCCAUGCUAUUGUGUAUGUCACUUUCAAAGAAGAAUGACGAAAUUGGAAAUUACAUUGCAGAGGAAUCGCACAUUUGUUCCGUAUUGGCUACAGGACUUAGUGCGUUGUAUUCUGCUCUACCGAGAACACUUGACAUAGAAAGUGAAGACUGGCAUAGGCUUACGGUGGAUGAUAUCAAUGACAUACCACCUCUGUCUCAGCUAAUGAAUUCAUUAGAAUUCUGUAAUGCAGUUGCUCAAGUGGUUCAUCCCCUGGUGCAAGAGCAACUCUUGGAGUUUUUGUAUCGGGGUUUUCUCGUACCAGUAAUGGGACCUGCGCUUCUACAGGAAUCUAUCGGCUUGUCCUUGGAAGAGCUUGAUUCGCCGAUGUAUCGGACGUCAGUUGAUGAAUUGGUAGCUGCGACAGCUUACUUCGAUUUGUUUCUACGAUACGUUGACGAACCCGGCCUCCUGCGGUCCCUUAUCAGAUUUUUGCUGGAAGAAAAUUACGAUGACAACCGAAUUCUCGACCACCUUAUCAAGAGAAUGUCAUCUCAGCAGUCGAGGCUGACUUUGGUGACGCUGGCAUUAUUCGAAACCCUCGUUGAUCUCAAUUGCGAAGAUGUGAUGCUGGAACUUUGCUUCGGUGCACUGGCGCCAUGUUCGCACGUUAUGUUGUCGCAGAGGCGCAGAUUGUUGAAUGACCUUGACCCUUUCGGUCGCUGCGCCGAUAAAUUCUUGUCCCUCGCGCCUAACUGUUGUGCCGGUCCCUCGCCGGCCGUUCUCCUUGCCACCGCAGCUGUCGCUGUUUCUUCACCACCUGUCUUGUCUCGUAAUCCGUCCUUUAUUCAAGAAAGCCAUGCGUCGCAUCAGCAGCAGCAAGUGAGUAUGUACAAAAGCAUAAAACUGUCCACUAGCAUGGCGGCUGAGAGUCUGUACAGUAAUUAUUACGCGUAUCUGAGAGAUGCCAGGCAAAAAAUAGCAGAGUGUCAAUUAGCUUGCUCGAGUUGGUCCAAUAAAUAUGAAGGUGAGGAGAUGGAAGAGGAGGAGUACGACGCCGAUAUGGACUGUACGGAUAAUCAAAAUGGAAAUUCUGAAGACGAGUAUUACGAGGACGACGACGAGUCUAGUGUAUAUAGUUGUAACCGCGAACAUUCUGGUGCAUCUCCUGAUAGGCAAAUAAGUAGCGACAGCAAUGAUGCUUUUACGAAUCCAGAAUUGGCAUUGAGAAGGAACAGUACCGAUGAAAAAGUCAAUAAAAUUAUAGCGAGCUUUACGGAAAAACCGGUCGUUAAAACAACAAAAGAUUCAUCGGAAGUAAAUAAAAAGCUUUCGCCCGGAGAAAGAGAAAAGCUUGACGCCGACAUAGCCGAACUUUUGACUGAAACUGUGAGCAACACACGGAACAACUUGGAUGUCAAAAGUCCUUCGAGUAUGACUGAAGAGUCGAGCAAUAUGCUGAAUUCCUUGCAGUUGUCAAUUAAUGGUGGCGAAAGCAGUGGUUACGAGAGUUUUGCCUUCAAGGGAUCCAACGAGUCUACUCCCGUCAACGACGACUAUGACGACGAGAAUACCGUAUCAAAGGCAAGUGCCGAUCAAAGUCUACCCACUGACCCACCCACGAUUGCCAAUCGGCAAAGAUCGACAACAACGCAUCAGAGGAGGCACCGAUUACAGAGGAGAAACGCUUUCACGAGAAAUGGAAAACGAUUGGAGAUAGCCGACGGUCGACCACCGAGCGUCGGUGUAUUUUUAGACGUGUUAUUGAAGAAAUUGGAAUGCAUGACGGAAAACAAUGUUUAUGUCAAUUUACACUUAACUGGACUCAUAAGUAGACUUGCCAUUUAUCCUCAGCCUCUCCUGCAAUCUUUCCUACUGAAUCACUCGUUAGUCUUCCAACCCAGUAUCAAGUACUUAUUUCAGGUUCUUGCGUCUCUAAAGCAUAAGAUUGAUGGAUUUACAAUGAAACAACCGGAGGAUGCUAUUAGCGUUUUAGUGGAGCAGGCUCGAGUAUUUUUAAUCUCUAGAGAAAACAGACUCGUUAAUGCAAGAAAAAAUGUUCUCGAAGCCGCCGCACAAUUUCCUAGUCCAAAGAAAAACCAUGCUGGUGGAGAAUCAGGUCAUUCGGGUGCACCUGUGUCAAUGCCAACAAAUAGAGCUUUAGAACCAAAGAGAAGGAGCUUAACGUCAUCUCUAACUCAAAUAUUUAGAAAAUCAAACAGCAACAACGUAGAGGCAGACUCAUUUUACAGCAACGAUUCGUUUUCAAAUAUAGCUGAAGAAGAUGCAAGUAAUGGAGUUUCUAGACAAAACGCCAGACAUCACGAGACGAGCAUGUGGGAAAAUUCAAGUAAAAUAAGUCGUGUGCAAAAUGUCGUUGUAUGUGCCGUUAUUUUAGACGAAUGGCUAAAAGAGCUGGCCGCUAUAAUUCAAGAGCACGCGAUCGUUAGCUGGUUCAACGCUGCCUCCGCCGCCGAUUCCGGGUGUCUAAAAUUUUAAUCGUAGUUAUCUCGAGCAGUACAAGUACAACUCAUUCGUCCAUUGAGUCAGUCAAAGUAAUUAUAGAAAGUUGUAAUGAAAAAAAAUUUUUUUAAAAGCUUUAUUACAUUUGAUAUUGGGAAACUUGUGUGUUUCCUUGUUAAAGAAGAAAUAAUCCACUUAUCAAUUACAGAUAUCAGAUAAUCUAUCUACCUAGCAGAAUUGUGCAAAAUGGGCGAAUUGUGCAGAACAUCGUUAAAUGCGAGUGUAUUGCAUUUGAUUAUUAAAUGGGAUUAACUUGACGUCUCAGGCUAAUGAACAACCAAAAAGUAGUGCUUUACGAAAUUAAAUCGCCAGACACCAUCAGCAAUACGGGUUUGGCAAUUUUGGUAUUGCUGGAUGUUGCGAUUGCAUCGUGUUAUGUAUACAGAUUUUCUUAAUAUCUAUAUAAUAUGGAGGCAGAAUAGACGUAGUGAAUCAUAUAUCACGUAGUAAGCAGCAACCAAUUGACUGAAAAAUGCACUAAUCACAUUUGCAAUGUACUACUAUUUGAUAGUCUGUUGACUUGAGAUAUAAACUUCACCCAUUCAAUACGCUUAAUUAAUGAUAUAUUGAACAGUUCGCCUAUUAUCAAUACACUGCUUUGAUAUCAUGGAUAAGCUUAGUGGUUUUGAACUUUUUUCUAGCAGGAAGUGCGAGAGCUUGCUGUCACUGUCACUUCCCAAUUAUCUCUAAUGUGUGAAUUAAUUUUCUUUCGAUUAUUUAUUUUUUUGUGCGGGAAAAUUUGAUACAGUUUAUAAAAUAAAUAUUCAAAGAUAUCGCUUCGUGCCAAAAUCUAAUUUUGAAGGAUAUAUUUUUAAAUUCAUCGAACAAAACAGAAAUAUUUCAACUCAAUAGUUUCUUUAUUAAAUAUUAGAAUUUUUUUGUGCACGUUUGUUUACUUGAAUUCAUUCGUGUUUUGCAAUAAUCAUGCCGUUGAGUAUGAAUAUAUAAGUUCAUACAAUUAUUUAUACAAAUUUGACUGAAGCGUUAGUAUGCAUUACAUCUCCACGAUGCAUAAUAAAAUAAAAAUAAAUAAAUUGAAUCUAUUGGAAGUAUUAAAAUCAUCAAAAGUAGAGCAAUUACGUUGUAUCUGAGCAGAAACUUUUGCUUUGUUUGUUUAUUUAUUGUUACUGCAAAUAUAAAUAAAUUUUAAUGAUGUUGCUACCUUUUAAGAUUAUAA